AUGCCUGAUGAACAAUACCUGAAGCUCCAAGGAAUGUGGAUGUUACUCUUGCGCACCAUUUCGACUGAAGAAGAAGAUGUUGCAUGGUUUAGUCUGAAUGGUGUUCCCAUCCGCUAUUCUAUGAGGGAGCAUGCCCUCAUCUCGGGCUUAGACUGCCAUGAGUAUCCAAGGAAAUAUUUGAAGCUCGGGAGUACGAAGUUUGUGGAUUAUUACUUCGGUGGACUAAAGAAGAUCACCAUAACAGAUGUGGAGCAGAAGCUGUUGUCUAUGAAGACGCCAUGCAAUGAUAGAUUGAAGAUGGCUGUCUUGUUCUUCCUUGGUCGGGUUAUCAGAGGACAGGCAAAGGAUUCCGGACCAGUAGACCCGUUCAUCUUAAGGAUCGUGGAAGAUUUGGAUGUUUGCAGAACAUUUCCAUGGGGUCGUUUGACAUUUGAAGAUGCAAUAAAGAACAUUAAGCAUAUGAUGGAGCUUCUGAAGGGUGAAGUGCACCCGGCAUGCGGCUUUCCUGGAUUCAUAAUUCCAUUAGAGAUUUUGGCUUUUGAGUGUAUUCCUAAGCUGGGGAAAACAUUUCGACUAUCUGCAGACACACCUUCUGAAGAUUGUCCUAGGAUGUGCAAGAGCCGCUUUACAAAGAGUAGCAUGAAGGGCUAUCCUUUGGAAGAUAUAUAUGCUGCACUUGGACACACAAAGGUAUAUGUAUAUAUACUUUGUAGUAAAAACUAG